CCUCCGGUGCGCCCGCGCCAUCUUAGGUGCCGGGCGGCGACCGCAGCUGGCGGCGCGCGGACGCUGCUGCUGCUGCUGGCGCUGGCAGCGGGGUCGCCGUGCGCGGCCGUGGCGUCCUCGGCCUAUCGUCUGGACUGCGGGCAGACCUUCCAGCCCAGCGCCUUCCUGGCCGAGGCCUCGUACCCGGUCUCCUGCCCCGUGAACUGCGGCGCGGAGGACGUGGCCGUCUAUGGCACGGACUACUACGCCAGCGAGUCCGCCGUCUGCCCCGCCGCCGUCCACCAGGGCGUGAUCGGCAACGGCGGAGGAACGCUGCUGGUCAAGCUGCAGAAGGACGGUGUGAGUUUGUGCUUCAACGGGACCGCGCAGAACGGUGUCUCGUCGAGGGCCUGCAACUGCUGCGACGGCUGCGGCG